UCCCCCGCCACCCUUCGACACCAUUUAAUAAAACCCCCCACCCAAACCUUCUCUAUUCAUUCCCAGUUCUACAUUUUCUUCCAAUAAUUUCACAAAUCUUCCAAAUUAAGUCUACUUCUAAUAUGGUGGUUCCUCUCGGCCCCGGCAAGUUCUACGGCAGCAGUCUUCCUCGGCCCCGUAUCUACACCGAAACCAGGUUCAACUCCGAACGCGUAAAUCCUCCGGUUCCAGUCCUUGAUCCGCUGCUCUCUUGGGCCAAUGAAGCGCACUGGUCCAUGGGUGGUCUCAGUUUCAAGCGCCUCCGUCUCCAAGGCCGCAUCGAAGGCAACGUCCAGAGACUGAAGGCCCAGCGCGACAAGUUCCUUAAUAACAAGGAUCCUAUCCCUAAGAAAAACAAUAGCGAUGCUUCCUUUUCCCCUCCUCCUGCUCCUGUGGCCGUCAAGAGGAAGAGAUUCUUGGACCUUAAUGAUGAGGACGUAGAGAGUGAAAAUGAAGACAAUGAGAUUGUGAUGAACAGAGAAGAGAAGAGGGUACUGAGGAAAGGCGCAGUGAGGAAGCUGGGAGAUGAUUUCGAGAGAGUGGCUAAGGAUAAGGAUAGCGGCGUUGCGAGUGGAGGAAAGAGGGGUUUCAGUGAUGGGAUCGGCAUUGACGUGAUGAAGAUUGUGGAAGAGGUUAAUGUUGAGUCAGAGGAGAUAAAGAAGAAGAAGAAAAAGAGGAUUGUAAAGGGUUUGAAGAAGGGUACAGAUGAGGUGCGGAGUGGAACAGGGACAACGACAAGGGCCUCCCCUAGACUGGCAAAACGAGGUUGCUAGUUCUCUGUAGGGUUUUUAAUGUUGUGUAUUGUUCGAAAUUUACAGUGAAUACAGCUUAAUGAUGCUUUUGUUCGUAUAUCAAAGGAUGUCCUGUCAAUAAUGAAGAAGAGGCUUGAAAUCCUA